AUGCCUCAAUUGGCUGAAGCACGAUCUGAAGAUGACGACUGGACUGGUCUGAAAGACAAAUUGGAAAGACGGAAGAGGCAGACUCGGCUCGCUUUACGAGCGCUUCGCAAGCGUAAAGCUAUGCAGCGUGCGGCAAAGCAUGACAGUCUCUCCGAAGAUGUCAUAACGCUCAACAAAGACACUACCGCAAAAACACAGACUAGAAGCCUGGAGCAGCAAUCUGGGCUUUAUCUGUCUUCUGGUCUUUUCAUUCCUUCUGCUGUCAGCCAUAGUGGGCGUGUUAUCCCUGAGCGUUAUCUAUAUCCGAUUUCGCGUGACCAUCUACUACCGCUUCUCGAGUACAAUGUCUACCGAGCAAGUAUCACCAACCUUCUCAUCAUGGGUCAUGUACAUCUCAUUAAUGAAACCUGUGGGUUCCACGGCUCGGUCAUCAUCUUCCCGAACCCCUAUCAAGGCCUCAGCAUCCCGCCAACUCUGCAGCGAACCGCUCUCCAGCAAUCCACUUCAUACCCAGAUUGGAUUGACCUCAUUCCGUCUCCUCAGAUGCGAGACAAUGCCAUCCAAACACAGCAUCUAUUUACCAAUAAAGAGCUUGCGGCUGAUCUUCUGACCGGAAUGACCCCCCCACCAGCAAUUAAUGUCCAUCGUCACCAAAGGAAAAUGCCAGAUUUUCUAGAUCUGAACAUCGACGCGCUGAAGUAUCCAGACGUUGUUGAUACAGGAAAAUCGGCAACACCAACGAAGUCGCUAUCCGAAAUAAUCAAAACUGCUUUCAAAACUGAUACGGCCAGUCUUCCAGACGAAAAAGAUGUAUCUGUUCCGAAGGGUAUCUUGCCAUCAGAUUAUAAAACAUUCCUUAUCCUGCAAGACUUCCUGCAACCAAAAAGUACGACCAAUAUCAGAGAUGCGAUAGAUCGUCUUAUAGAUGUUUUCCCAGACGGAGACAUGCGCUUCAUAAAUAGCGUCAGUCUUGAACUUGCUGAGCAGAUUCCAUACAACCACCCUUCUCAUGCUAAACUAGCAAGAUUACUAUGGGGUGUCGGGAGGAGUGAGGCGCGAAUUGGAAAAUUGAAGCGGAAGAACAUCCAGAUUGGAACAGACAGUUUCUAUCAAACCCUCCAAGAAAAUAUUGUAGAUGACAAGCCCUGGCCCGACACUGAUCCGGCUCGUUACGUUAAUUUUCAAGCUUUCGAAGCUCAUCUCAACGACACAGGUGUCUUUCUAGCCUCGCCUUAUCGAGCGUUGCAAGCGAUGAAUAGUGCUUUUUUCGAGGGUGAAGACCGUUCGCAGAACACGCCCGAGAUCCGUGACGCGUGGGUUCUCGGCGCUGCACAGUGGAUUCUGUGGAACGGACAGCAGUUGUUCAAACUUGUUCAUUGGCGCGAGGAACUUGACACCUCUUCAGAUCUGGUGGAAAGACACCGGGAUGAGAAUGGCAACCCAAUCCCGAGGAAAAAUUGUUGGCAUGAUUGGAAGCAUGGGUUCGAAGAGGUUGUUGCAUCCGGUACUUAUGGUAAAGACUGUGUUGAUGUUUGCACGAGGGUGAUAGAGAUUAUGACUACGUUGGAAAGGGUAAUGGUUUUCUAG